AUGCGAGGUGCGUCGCCCCUCGCCGCGCGCACCGCACCCACUCUACCCGCCCAUCACCGCCCCGCUCCCCCCAAGCACGCAUGCGUGCUUCGCCAGGACUCGGCUUGGCAAACGUGGCAUCACGCCGCUGCCUGCUGCCAUCGCAUGCCUAUGCACCAAACCCCACCUCGCACAUUCCUCCACCCUCCUUUCCCUCCCUCCUCCCCCUUCCUCUCUACCCUCCUCUCUCCUUCCUUUCCUCCUUCUCUCCCGCUCCCUUCACCCUCCUUUACCCCUCUUUCCAUCCUCCUUUCCCCCUCCUGUCCCUCUCCUGUCCCCCUCCUAUCCACCUCCCUCCCGUCUCUCUCUUCUCCCUUUGCUUCCCUCUCCUUUCCCUUUCUUUUGCCCUCAUUUCGACCGCCCCUUCCUAACCCCCUCCUUUUUCCUUCUUUCGCAUCCUAUCACUCUCCUUUCCUCUCCACUUCCCCCCUUUUCUCCCUCCGUUCCCCCUUCUUUCCCCCUCCCCUCCGUGCCCCCUCCUUCAUCUUCUAUUUCCUCCAUUUCCCCUCCUUUCCCAUUCCUGUCACCCUCCUAUCCACCUCCCGUCCCCCUAUUUUCAUCUCACGUCCCCCUCCACGCCCCCUGCUUUCCUUCUCCUGUUCCCCUCCUGUCCCCCUCCGUCCAACCACCUUCCCCUCUGUUCCCCAUCUUCCUCCAAACCCCCUCCUAUUCGCCUGCCUGUCCCCUGCUUUCACUUCUCACUACUUCUUUUCCUCCAUUCCCUCUCCCCUCCCCCUCCCAUUCCCCCGACCACUCCCUCCUCCUUCCCCCCUCAGUUUCUUCCUUCCCCCUUCCCCGCUUCCCCCCUCCUUCCGCCCUCUUUUCCCCUGCUGUGCCCCGUCUGUCGCCCUCCUCCACCCCUGCUGCCCCGUGCCUGCCGCACGCCUUCUCCCGGGUGCGUGCUUGGGGCAGGCAGAGGGGGCUGCAGGUGCCAGGGAGCAGGCGCGCCAUGCAGGGGAGGCCAUGGGCGGCCAUGCACGCUCAACGGGGCUCUCCACUCGCCCUGCCUCCACACGCGCUGCUCAUCCGCCCCUCCUCCCCGCCUGCUGCCCUCUCUCCCCCCCCCCCUUUGCUCCUCGCCACACCCCUCCCUGCGCUGCGCCAUCCACUCGCCCACCUCACCCUCCACCUCAACGCCUUGCCUGA